CACUCGGCAGCGACGGCUGCUCCUUGAACCCUAAACCCUUGACGAAAUCCCCUCCACUCCCCGCUCCUACCACUGUGAGAUCCGCCAUGAUAAGGUGCUAAUCCGGCCCGGAGCACGCAGAUUUUCUGCUAUCCGUGCAGAUCUAGCGGCGGCCAAGGCCAUCACCGCGGCCAGCGUACGCGCAGGGCUUCGCUGCACCCAGCAGCACGUCGUCGAUUAUUGCGCCGGCACGCCCACACUCCCCGUCUUCCUCGCCUGCUCCAGCAUCACCCACCUUGGUCACGUGAACUAGGUAGGGAUUCACAUCUGAAGAGUGACCAAUCCAAGUGGUAUCACUUCUCCAAUCCUACCUACCACCAUGGCAUCUGCAGACUGGUCCUCGCUCCCGGCCGAGCUCGUCAGCCGCAUCGCCGACUGCUUCCUGGCCACCAACGACCUGGACUACUUCAUGGACUUCCGCGCGGUCUGCCAGAGCUGGCGCUCCGCCACCGAGGACCCCAAGAUUUCCCCAGACCCCCUCUUCCGGCCCCGCCACUGGGUCAUAAUCGACAGAUCCUUCGGCGGCGACAAAACAUACCUCUGGGCGAACACCGCCACUGGCCGCUUCGUCCCCAAGGAACUCCCGCUGCUCCGUAACUACUGGGGUUCCAGCACCACCCCGGACGGUCUCCUCAUUUUGAUGGACAACAAGCUCCCUUAUGCCGUGAUUCUCCUCAAUGCCUUCACGGGCUACCGGAUUCGUUUCGCUGCGCCCCUGCCUGACCAGAUCAUGGAGUCUGCUGCUCUCGUCUCCGGCUCUCCACCCACACUUGUCCUGUCAUGCAAGAAGAUGGACAUAGAUGACGAUCUCGUCUUACACGAGACAGAUCGCAAGGUCUACACGGCUUAUCCCGAGAGCGAAUCUUUCGCCGUGUUCGAGGAAAGGCAUGCUUGCCCUCUCAUCAGGCUGGCUCUCAGAGGUAUCUACACUAAUGGCGAGCUCGGAUCGGUGGCACCAUUUCCGAUUGAUAUGGCUGAAAAGAUCUUUACUCUGAUGAGGAUUUAUAACGCCGAGCCUGAUGCGUCGUCGUCGUCCGAUGAUGAAGAUGUUUCCAUGUCUGAUGAGAAAGCUGCAUUUAAUUUUUUGAUUGGAUAUGACAACCGUUGUUACCUACUGAGAUCUGCUGGAGAAAUCUUGAUCAUCCUUAAGCUAAAAGGAGGCAUGGAGGUUUACAAGAUGGACACCCAGAAUUAUAUACUCGAGUCUGUGAAGAACAUUGGGAACCGCGCCAUCUUCCUCAGUGGCAACUGUAAGUGCAUAUCUCUGAAUGCUGAUAAAUUCCCAUCUGUCGACGCCAACUGCAUCUAUUAUAUAAAGAGCCUAGACUAUUCUGGUGAUUACAUCUGCAUGUAUAACCUGAGGUUCCGGAGAGAAGAAAAAAUCUCUAAAGACAUGGGUUGUGGUUCUCGUCCUUACACAAUUAUUCAGCACCUGUCCAGCUAUGACCUCCAGUAGCUUAAAGGGAGUGCAGGCUUCCAUUCGUAAUAAUGGCUCUGUGUUUCUAGUGAUAUGGUACUUUUGUAAUGACACUUUAAUGGUUUCUGAAUAUUUGUGCUGAGUCUUGUUUCGUUCUGUUAAACCGUCUUGUUUCGUUCACAAGUAUGAAUGAGUGCUGUAGCCACUUCUGUUA